CAAGAGUCAGCGUUCUGUAAGCAGCGCGCUGUGUUGAGAAAUAGGAAUAAGUUGUGUCAGAAGAUAGACGUGUUAUCUGUGCUUCCUAAAAAGCAGCAUUUCUCUAACAGAGUGAAAAGUCUGUACCUGUAGACUGGUAGUCAUAAUGAGAGCCCCAUAGCAGCGAAGUCAGAGGAGGGGCUGCAUGACCCAGCUCUGCAUGCCAGCGGGUGAUAGGCAGAAGUUGGAGGGAAAGGGGGGGGAAGGGGCAUAGCAACAGGCUAGAGAGAGGGAAACAAAAGGAGACAGGGUAGGCUGGGCUAACCACCAUUUUGUGUGGGCAGCGAGGGAAAAGGUUGGAGAGUUACCAGUGAGGGAAAAAGGGCACUUACCAGGUACAGAUGGCUGGCAACAUUGAUGCCCUUUUGGACCGCAUCAGGACUGAGGCAGAACGCAGGGGAGAUGACUGGCUUCGUCAGAUGCUGCCGGAUGAACCGCCUCAACAGGCAGCGACGGUGGGAAUGAGGACCCGCAGAUCCAGGCCGCCGACCCGACUCAGCCCUUCACCCCCUAUCCAGCGUCGGAGGGUCCCGUCGCGGAGCCCGCAGGUAGUGUCCGCGACUGGCAAGGGGAAUGGGAGGCCCAGGGCACAGGACAGAGACAGCCGCCUGGCGCAGGAGCGGCGCAUCACCCCCACUGCCGGUCCGUCCACGGCGCAGAGGGGCAGCAGGAGCAGCCGCCAGACAAGCGGAAGGGGGAGCGGAACAGCCCAGGGAAGUAGCGGAGGAGGGAGUCGGCACCCCCAGCAAAAUGCAGAGGUACAUCCCCAACAGUUUUCGGAGGAGGAGAGGGAGACGUCCGGUCACGUCGACAGCCAGGCGAGUACUGAGCGAUAUGCGGGAGCUGCCGGCAUCUUAAGGGAGCAUGCGCAUAGGCAGAAAACCGGCAGGAGAGUUGAACCAGGUGAGCAAGGCAUGCGCUCACACACCACAGAUGUUAGACAGAGGGGGGAUUUGGAUGGGGGGGCCCAAACAAUGUACAACAGGCUUGGCACAGAACUGAGCAGUGCAGGGGGGCCGGAUAGCGACCCUCAGACGGCUGCCUGGGACACAGGUUCAGCCUUACAAGGGACUUCAUCAGCACAAGGACCACAGGCAGGACCAGCAAGCGGUUUUAUGGCAGGGUGCCAAGUAUGGGCCACAGGGACAGAAAAUUCCGGCAUAUCUGCGGUGGGUAGGGAAAGGGCAGCAGUGGCUGUUAGCGCUGCGAGCCAAGGUGUACCCCCCCCACUUGUUUUACCUCAGGUUCACAGAAGAGGAGAUGGAGAGGGGCAGCAACCGCGGACGGCUCCAGACAUCGGCACAGUUACGGCGACAGGGACGAAUACCACCAAUGCCACAGGACAAGUGGAUCAGAUUCCGGGGGCUGGCGCCCGAAGCAGAACUGGAGGGAGAGCGGUGCCCAGACCGGAUUUGGGAGCUGGUGCAUCAGGUACCCGGCCUUGCAGGGCGUGGCUUCUGGGACAUUCUUACAUACAUUGGGCGGCACAACGGGCUACGUUUCAUCAGGCGGAUGGCCAGUUGGGUUUUCAACAAGCACAGGUGCAGUUGCGGUGGGUCAGCAGGAGGGGGCUUAAGUGGGAGGAAAUUGUACCUUUGGUUGUGCAAAAGGCAAAAGAAUUCGGCCCACCUGACAUUAUUGUCAUUCAUGCGGGGGGCAAUGAUGUAGGGCAAUGUCCCAUGAAGUUUUUAAUAAAAGACAUUAGGAGGGAUUGUCUCCGGUUGUGGUCCCUUUUCCCUGAGGCCGUGCUAAUAUGGUCGGAGAUCAUCCCUAGAGCCCUUUGGAGAGGUGCCCAUUCACAUCAAGCCGUGAACAGGUCUAGAAUUAAGAUCAACAGAGCAGUCUCAAAAUUUGUGCAGGGCAAUGGCGGGAUAGUUGUGAGGCACAUGGAUCUCGAAAAAGAUCGGGGUUAUUUUCGACCGGAUGGGGUUCAUUUAAAUGAUUUAGGCUUGGAUCUAUUUAAUUUCAGUUUACAGGAGGCCAUUACACUAGCAUGGAGGGCAUGGCGUUGUAUGCUGAGCUGAAGGAGUCCAGCUCUGCAUACUGUGGCGGGUCCUUUUGUCAGUCUACCGGGGAGGUGAUCUGUUAUGGGAUGGCAGAUCAGGUCAAUCUGGGUGGUUUAACCCCUUAAGGUGGGUGACCACGGUUAACAAAUGGAGUACUAAAGGGGGGCAAUAGGAAGCCCCGGGAGAGGCGGCAGGGAUCCUCUCAGCUAGGGAUUGGGCGGCUGGAGGAUAUCCUGGUUUGCUUUGGAAGGGGUAGACUGACAAUGGGCUCAGGCAGACAAGUUUGGGUUACUCAUUGUUAUUAUCCAAUGGAAUUGUUGUAAUGUUAUUUAAAUGGAUUUUAUGGAUGAAAUAUUCACGCUUAUAUUUGUAUUGAUGUUAUGCAUUGUUAUGUAUUAAUAAAAGCUGUGGCCAUGAUCAUUCCAAAUAAUGAUAUUUGUCACUGGUUAUUAUGUGUCAGAGGAGUGAGUGUAGGCAGAUGCAUGGGUCAUGAGAGCCCCAUAGCAGCGAAGUCAGAGGAGGGGCUGCAUGACCCAGCUCUGCAUGCCAGCGGGUGAUAGGCAGAAGUUGGAGGGAAAGGGGGGGGAAGGGGCAUAGCAACAGGCUAGAGAGAGGGAAACAAAAGGAGACAGGGUAGGCUGGGCUAACCACCAUUUUGUGUGGGCAGCGAGGGAAAAGGUUCCCACCCACCCUCCCGUUAGCUUGGGGAUAACAACUGUAGCUGGUCAAUGCUAUUUGUUAAGUGUUGCCCUGGGGGGCUUGAGGGUUUGAGGGUAUUAUGGGAGUAAGAGGGGUAUUUGUCACAGCACAGGCGGGUCCUUUUGUCAGUCUACCGGGGAGGUGAUCUGUUAUGGGAUGGCAGAUCAGGUCAAUCUGGGUGGUUUAACCCCUUAAGGUGGGUGACCACGGUUAACAAAUGGAGUACUAAAGGGGGGCAAUAGGAAGCCCCGGGAGAGGCGGCAGGGAUCCUCUCAGCUAGGGAUUGGGCGGCUGGAGGAUAUCCUGGUUUGCUUUGGAAGGGGUAGACUGACAAUGGGCUCAGGCAGACAAGUUUGGGUUACUCAUUGUUAUUAUCCAAUGGAAUUGUUGUAAUGUUAUUUAAAUGGAUUUUAUGGAUGAAAUAUUCACGCUUAUAUUUGUAUUGAUGUUAUGCAUUGUUAUGUAUUAAUAAAAGCUGUGGCCAUGAUCAUUCCAAAUAAUGAUAUUUGUCACUGGUUAUUAUGUGUCAGAGGAGUGAGUGUAGGCAGAUGCAUGGGUCAAGCCAAUAUCACA